GGUGCCCGGCGCCGUGCGCAGCCGGCGGGCAGCGGGAGCCGGGCGGCGGCUCCUCCUCCUCCUCGUCUUCGCUCCGGCUGUGGGCGGCGGUGCGGCGCGAUGGACUGGCAGGUGCUGACCCGGGAGCUGUCCCUCUACCUGGAGAGCCAGGUCCGCGUGGGGCUCUUCGGCUCCGGCGUGGGCUUGUCUCUGGUGCUGGGCUUCGGCGUCGCCUACGCCUGCUACUACCUCAGCAGCAUCGCCAAGAAACCCCAGCUGGUGGCAAGCAAUGAACGUUUCUGCCGCUUUCUGGAAGAGUACUGUCCUGUUGUGACAGAAACUUACUAUCCCACGAUUUGGUGCUGGGAAGGUCGGGUGCAGACACUCCUGCGUCCCUUUAUCACCUCUAGACCCCAAGUACAGUACAGAAAUGAGCUCAUUAGAACAGCAGAUGGAGGACAGAUUUCGUUGGAUUGGUUUGAUAAUAAUGACAGCUUAUAUUAUCCGGAUGCCAGCACAAGACCUACAGUCCUGUUAUUGCCUGGUCUGACGGGAACAAGCAAGGAAUCCUACAUUCUUCAUAUGAUCCAUCAGAGUGAAACACUGGGAUAUAGAUGUGUGGUUUUUAACAAUCGAGGAAUUGCUGGUGAGGAACUUCUGACUCCAAGGACUUACUGUGCAGCUAACACGGAGGAUUUGGAGGCAGUUAUUCAUCACAUACACAACUUGCACCCCUCAGCUCCCUUCAUGGCAGCAGGUGUUUCUAUGGGAGGCAUGCUUCUUUUAAAUUACCUGGGCAAAACUGGCAGAGACACCCCUUUAAUGGCAGCUGCAAUUUUCUCUGCGGGUUGGAAUGUUUUUGAAUCUGUAGAAUCUCUGGAGAAGCCACUAAACUGGCUUCUUUUCAACUAUUACUUGACUACUUGUCUACAAUCCUCUAUCAGCAGGCAUCGACAAAUGCUGGAGAAAUUAUUUGAUAUGGAUCUCGUGAUGAAGGCUAGAACUGUUAGAGAAUUCGAUAGACAGUUCACUUCAGUCAUGUUUGGCUACCGUACAAUUGAUGAUUACUAUGAAGAUGCCAGCCCGUGUCGCAAGCUGAAGUCUGUAGGCAUUCCAGUGUUAUGCCUAAACUCUGUGGAUGAUGUUUUCUCACCAGGUCAUGCUAUACCGGUGGAAACUGCCAAACAAAAUGCAAAUGUAGCUUUGGUUCUGACUUCUUGCGGAGGCCACAUUGGUUUUCUGGAAGGAAUAUGGCCAAGGAAGUGCACUUACAUGGACAGAGUCUUCAAGCAGUUUGUGCAAGCUGUGUUUGAGCAUGGAAACAAAAUCUUUAGCAUGUAGCUUUGGCUAUAGCACAAUGGCACAUUCCAACAAGGGCAGUUAAGCUUAAUGCACAAAUUUUAACUACCAUAAGCCAGCAAAUGGAGAAAGUCCAUUACUACACGCAAAAAUAUUUUUUGCCUAAGAUUUUGUAGCAAGAAACUAAAUAUGUUGUCACUUUUGUAUUUAUUUUUAAUAUGCCUUACUAAGAAUGACCUUAAAUGAAACAGCAUUCUGCAUACAUCAAAUUGCACUUAACCAAAAUCAUCAAGUAAAUAGAUUGUAAUUCCUCAAGAUUUUAAUUUAAACCAGUACAUAUCUAGGAGAGUUAAUUUAGAUGGCUUUUAAUAUUAGAAUGGCAACAUUCAAAAUAACACUUAUUGUCCUGCCAAACAUAGUACAUUCCUUAGCUGAAAAUCUUAAAAAAAUAUAAGGAAGGAACACAGAGAAGCACUGGUUCUUCAAACAAGUCUAAAUUGUGGCAUGCUAUUCCGUAGCAUUAGACUGAUCGGCUUUUGCUGUUUUACCCUGACAGUAUCCAGAUUUAGGGCUAGUUAUUGUGUUUUAAACUAUGCCAAUGCCAUAUUCAUUUUACGUGUGUAUUUUUUUUAAGCAGCUUAUGUAUAGUGUUUACAUAUAACCAAAAGAUUCCUUUAAAAGAGUACUGUAAUAACUUAUGUAAUUAAAAGACAUUUUGCAUUUCAAUGUUUGUGUAUAGCUGGGUGUUGUCAUAUCUGUAAUAGAUACUUCAUAUAACUGGUAAAUUCAAUUACUGUCUGUUAUGUUUAUAUUACCUUGCAAGAACGUUACAGUUUUAAAUAAGAAACCAUAGAGCUCUAGGAAAUUAUGAUAUAGUCUGUUUUAAAUUUAAAAAUGUAUAAUUCUGAAUCCAUUAUCUCUGCAAUUGUUUCCAAUAAUUUCCAAUAAGAGUGUAACAAAGUCUUUCAAGAAAGAUAGGAGCUGGGACAGGAUGGUGUCAUUGGUUUGCUUAUUUGAUCACAUCUGUGCUUCAGGAAUAGGUUGUCAGCCAUUGAAGCCUCCAGAAACUGAUUGCUGCCCUGGUUGCUUAUGAGGUUGUGAGGCUGCCUGAAACAGUGCUGUUUGCAGCCCUGAAAGAGAGAGCGAGCUACAGUGGAUCCUUCAGGAAAAUGGACAAUUUUGAAAACUGCUGGGAAGGUCUAAUUUAGGGCAGAGUGAAAUGAAAUCUUCUAAGCGGCUUCUAUGGAGGUCCUCUCCCAUGCUACUGAUUAUUUUGGGCCCAGCAUCACAAAAUCAGGCAAUGGAGAUGCCUUUGCAUUUUUUGUAUGUUUUGAACAGGGUCAGUGCAAGAAGAAAACAUGGAUAAAAAGCAUGUCAGGUCAUCCGUCUUAAGUAGUAUGUGAACAGUCCUCUUGCAAGGCAAGUAUCCUAGUAAAGGUGAAGGCAAAGGAAGAACAGAAAUAACUUUUGUCUUCAGAUAAAGCAGAAAUCAUGAAAGCUAAUUUUAUAAGGUGGGAGGUUACAUUAAAAAUUAGAAAGUUUUCAAGUUUUGACUUUUUAGGUAAGGCAUUGGGCUUUGUACAGAUAAUAAAGUCUAACUUACUUCUUACCUAAUAAGGACAGUGGGAAAAGCAAAAUGAAAUUUUAUGCAUGUUGCUACAACAGAUGAAAUCAGCACAUUAGUAGGGUGCCUUACUCAUUCUUAAAUUCAUUCCCAUUAUAGAAGUUACGUUCCUACAAAAACAAUGAGCAAUAAACUGUGUAUUGAGCAUUACAUUUGUAAUAUCAUUCGGGUAUGGUACUGUUGAAAACUCAGCAGCAAAUAUUAAUAAAAAAAUAAAACCACUUAUAUUAAAAACACACCUUACUGAUUAAAUAAAAGUAACAUGGUUGAUGGCAGAAUUUCCGUCUCUUUGCACUUAUUUCAUUUAGGUCCAAUCCCACACACUGAUCCACAUGAUACAUUUCUCUUUGUAAGUAUCUAUUAAGGCAUUUGUCAUCCCCUUGAUGUAGAAUGCUUUUGCUCACAUCCUGUUGGGGAAAAUGCACUGUCCAAAGCACUGCAUGCUGAGAGACAACAAUCAAAUUUUACUGUGGUUACCUUCAAGCUUUCCUGGUCAGAUUUUCUGAAACGUAAGAUGUAGACACUUAACUCAGUUAUUUUCAGAGACAAAAGAGCUAAUAAGAAACACUAUAAGAAAUUUUCCAAUGUAAUAUUUUUAUAUGUUGUACACAAAGCUUCACUAGGAAGCUAAAAUACUGAGUCCAGGAUGUGCACUCUGUUCAGAAGCAUGAAUUCAUAGGCUCUUUGGCUUUUCAUGGGAUCUGAGAAACCAAACAGCAACAGGGAAACAGGUGUUGGAGAUGGAGAGAAUUGUGUUGUUAACAAAACACAUCUUAGUGGAAAGAUGGGUAAUGAGAACAAAAUUCCAAGUCACAAGCACUUUGUAAUGAAAACUUUCCUCUUGCUUCAGAACUGUGUAAUAGCUGAAGUUGAAAGGAAAAUCUAGAAACUGUCUAGUGCAAUCCUCCUGCUCACAAGGGUGCCUAUUACAGACAUGCUCCAGAACAUAACCUCAGCUUGCUCUUGGAGUUUAUGCAAUGUACUGUAAGGCCUUCAGCCACCCAGAAACCAUGCUGGAUCUAAGCAAAACUAAGGCUUUGGAGUACAAUAUAUUAAGUCUUGUCAAAUAGACCUAGACAAAAUGAAAAUUUAGAAGAGAAAUGAAAAUAUGUUUCUAAGGAUGCAAAGAAACUAACCCAUAGCAUACAUUUCACAACGAACAGAAGGAUUAAUGCUUUUUUUAGGAAACCAGGACACAGACCAGUAUGGCUUACAAGACUUACCAGAAUGGGCUAUGGAGAGCAGUAAACAACUCCAUGAGAGCUGGUGUUGAUGAAAUGGCAAUAAAUGCUCUUGACACAAGGUAGGUCUUCAUGGUUGUGUUGGUAAGGCACUGAGUAUCAACAUUCAGACACCCACAUGCUGUCACAGAGCACAGUCACUCCGAGAACUAGACUGACCACUACAUGGAUUGGAAAGGGCCUCUCCUUUCAAGAGUUACAUCCAAUACGUGUUUCUGGAAGCUCCUUAUCUCCUCUCAGCUGCAAGUUGCCUCUUCCAACUGAGAUCCAGUAGGCAAUUUCUUGAGCACUUCAAGCCAACAAAACAAAGCAGCUUGCUUAUCUUAGCAGUUCCCAAAUGUUUUCAAACUUUGGGCCCCUUCCCUUUUUCUGUAAUUGUUUGGACUUCUCGUGCACAACUGACAUACAUUUGCAGUCACUGGCCUGGCCCCAAAUCACUGCAAACCAGACACAGCUGUACCUCCAACAUACAUGCUGGAUCCCUUCCUCAAGAUAGGUUAGCAGUGUUUCUUGCCAGCCUGGAAAACAGCAGAUAACUGCUGUAGAAUAUCCCAGCCAUAUAUAUGUAUACAUAUACAUAUUAUUAUUUGUUUCCCUUCCAAGAGAGGGAAAGCAAAAAUCCGCCAAACACACAAGAACCUACAAUGGUCAGCAGUUCUUCAUUGGCAAAAACCUCUUCCUCUGUGGGAUCCAAUUUUCCUGUCCUUUUUUUUUUUUUUUUUCCUACUAGGUAUGCAAGAAUCCAGCCUCUUCCCUCCUCUUGGAUGAGGGUAUGGGGACUUCAUGAAUCUGCAGAAAUAAGGUCCCUGUGCUGUCUCAGCUUCCUUUUCAGUCCAUUAAAGGAACUGUACAUCUAGUGAUUAGAAAACCACUAGACUAAACCAGCUUCACAUGUGGCAUUGGCUAACCUCUCUCAGGAAUUCUUCAGAUGCAUUGGCAGUGUGUGCAGGGUUAAUCACAGCUGAGAGGUUUAAGCAACACCUACUUCUGCAUCUGUCAGUCACCACUUCCUUGCCCAGAUGAGGUACCUGAUUACCAGCAGGGCAGGUUCAGUAUGUGUUAACACAUCAAAGGGGCUGCAAGGUCUCUGUGCUAGCAAGACUGCCAUGAUAGGACACAGCAUCAAGAACUCAGACUACAAGUAUGCAGCAAUUCCUUCUUGAGUCAGCUGCCACCAACAGGCACUCCAGCACUAUUACACUUAAAAUUAGUAAAUAAAGCUAAAUUAACAUAAAAUCCUUCUGGCUUUACACCCGUUUAAUCAGCAUGCUGCACCUGUGUGAAUGCAGUUCCUCCUUACUCCGCAAGUCCUCUAGACCCAGAGUAAGACUGCCCAUAAGCACUGUUGUUCACAGUCACCGCAUCCUCUGAGGAGAACGCGUUUCUGAGAAGUUCGUGUUCUUUCAGCACAGGAGACAUUAGCUCGCACACUCAAACUGAAAUUAGUGCUUCCAAUGCUGCCACCUUCUGUGGAAAGCUGGAAGUUUACUCAUAUUCUUCUAUUCCAUGACCUGAGUUUUCUCAAGUUUUGGAAUGUAACGCUUUACAAGAAAGCUUGCUUCUUUACAAAAAUUUGCUGUUCAGCAAAUUACUAUUGCAUGAAAGGAUGUGAGAAAAACCUAGCUUUACUUGCUUCAUGGUCCUAAGAAAAAAGGAUGUAAAAACAUCAUGUUAAGUUUACAAAGCUAGCCAUCACAUUAAAAAAUGCUUUUAUCAUCCUCCAGGAAGUUUACAGGCAAACCAAUGAUUAAAGUAUCUUUCAUCUGGAAAGAAUUCUGCUCUCCUGCAGUAACCUACAAGAGACUACGUGUUGCUGCAGUCACUGUAAAGUCACAGCAGAUUAUCAUGCAUUGAAAAGGAGCUGUAACAGGAAGUUAUCAAUAACACUUCUUGCUAUCAGCUUUUUCAAAUGCUGCAGCUGCUGAAGAUCUCCAUUUGCCUAGGAGAAACUGUGCUUCAGAGAGGUCUGUCAAGAAAAAGACUUAUCAAGGGAGGUUCCUUGUUUCAGUUAACAAAGGGGGGAGGGGAGGAAAUUACAGGUAAAGCAAAAUGCCUCUAUAGAAUUUGAUUUAUAUAUAAAAAAAAUUUACUCAGCAAGUUGUGUAUGUUUCCCAACAGUUAAUCUAGUAUAUCUAACAGCUACAGAAACAACAAAAUGUUUGAGAUUACAAAAAAAGGACUAAAAAUUUUAGUACUGAAAUGAAAAUAUCAUCUUUAAAAUACUUCAUAUAUUAACAAAGGAAUAUUUAGAGAAAGUUUAUGCUGUGUAGCUCUCAAGUACUACUUUUGUGCUGUUAGUUUGAAAUCUGCACAAGAAACUGGGAAUCUAUGGGAGAACACCUGUCACACAUUACCACGCAUUAAAAAAAAAAAAAAAAAAAUCAAACAACUUUCAAAGUCAUUUACUGGUUGGCUAAUGCUGAAGUUCACCACACUUGUCCCCAAUCAUUCUGAUGGAGUGAUAUAUUCUCACCAGCAUGAAAAUGUAUAAUGAAAUCAACAGAGAGAUGGCUGUGUUAGCAAGCAGAACAUACCAGUGCCAAAACCAGCAAGUAUACUACAUGCAUUUCAGAUAAGACUUACUUUAGUUUUCUCCUGGCGUGGAAGAAAGAGAAUACUAUGUAUGCUAUGUAUGAUACUAGGUUCCUCAGCAUUAGUGCUCAUGGAAUGGCUUGGGUUGGAAGGGACCUCCAAGUCCACCCAGUCCCACCCCGUGCUGUGGGCAGGGCUGCCAC